GUACAAUAAAGAGAAAAGAGUGAAAAAUAGGUAAGGAAACAUAGGCAAAGAUAGGAAUACCAGUAAAAAUCCCAUAAACGCUCACAUUUCCCCCAAUUUUCCCAAACCCGAACACCGCCACCAAGAGAAAGCAAAAGAAGUCUGACCAUGUUCCGGCAAGCGUCACGCCUCUUGGCUCGAACCACCACGGCCACCACAUGGAGGAGGAGUCGAGCUUUCUCUACUGACCUACCGGCCACACCCACGGAGGAUUCUACCUUCAUCGAGUCAUGGAAGAAAGUGAUACCCAACAUGGACCCUCCCAAGACUCCGUCUUCCUUCAUGACCCCUCGCCCCGCAACUCCUUCUUCCAUCCCUUCUAAAAUUACCGUCAACUUUGUGCUGCCUUAUGCAUCUGAGCUCUCUACAAAAGAGGUUGACAUGGUGAUAGUUCCUGCAACAACUGGGCAGAUGGGUGUUUUGCCUGGACAUGUACCUACAAUUGCUGAACUGAAACCUGGGAUCUUGUCAGUGCAUGAAGGAAAUGAUGUUACAAAAUAUUUCCUUAGCAGUGGGUUUGCUUUUAUCCAUGCCAACUCUGUUGCUGAUAUUAUUGCUGUGGAAGCAGUGCCACUCGACUGCAUUGACCCUGCCUUGGUCCAGAAGGGUCUGGCAGAGUUCACCCAGAGGCUGGGCACAGCUACAAGUGAUUUGGAGAAAGCUGAAGCCCAAAUAGGUGUUGAUGUUCACAGCGCACUGAACUCCGCCCUUACAGGCUAAUUGUUUUCUUAAUCAACUCUGCUCAAAUCCUCAGGCUUUUCUCACAUUGCUUUCCAUUUUGUGCAUCAUCAACUUUUUGAUAUGUCUUCAUGAUCAACAAACGACUGAGAUCUGUCAAGAUAUCUGCAAUGUUGAUUUUUCAAAGUUUGAAAUAAAAUGUUCAGGAACGAGAACCUUGUAUUUACUCCUUGUUACCUGUUGAUAUUUCCAUGCAUAUUAGAGGGGUUGGUUUGAUGAUACCAAA